AUGAUGUUGAUUGACAGUGAAAUUGAAGACGCGAUUGGAUUGAGGGGUGGAAAACAGGAUGGGCUUAGGAAAAUUCACAAGGACCUUAGCACUCAACAAGGUGCGUUAAAUAACGCGGUCAAUGCUGCUGAGAAUUUCUACAUUUCUGUAAUCGAAAAAUACGCUAACUCUACCAUCGACUAUCUGCAGAAGUUCGUCACAAGUGAGGUUGACGGAGCGACCAAAGCUAUACAAAGGAAAGCACAAGAUGAGUAUUAUUCAAAAAUGUAUCCCAUGUUCACCAACAUGAAAACUGAAGUCACCUCCCAAAUCUCCGCCAUCGAAUCCAUUAUCGCCACUGACCUCACAUCCGGCGUCAAAGGCCUCCUGCGGAAGGUGAUGGAAAAGGGUGUCGAUGAAAGUAAUAAGCUGACUACAUUGAGGCUUGCAGAUCUUAUCGAUGCCAACAACAAGAAGAAAGUUGAAGAAUUGUCUGGUAGAUUUAAAAAUUACGCGGACUCCGUUUUAUUCUAUAUUGGCUACCAGGUGGCCGGCCCGCAUCCGGGUGAACCCGGUAAAAAAGUGGAUUCCAUUAAAUCCAAUAUCCUAGCGCUUCUGAAGCAUUUAAAGACGUCUAGAAUAUAUAAUUACGACCACCAAUUCACCUCCCUCCUCUCCCACCUCUCCUCCUCCCUCACCGCUCUCCACCCCUCCGCCUUCGCGAACCCCCGGCACCCGGAGCUGCUCGAUGCGGUCAAGAAGGGGCUGCAGGGGUUUGUCACGGAGAUGGGGAGGGUGUAUGUGAACGGGUAUGAUGGAGGGGAGGGGAUUGAUAAAUUGAGUAAUUUGGUUAUUUUAAAGGAUGAUAAAGUGGAUAAAUUGACGGAUGAUGGCAGAAAGUUGUCGAAAGUAUUUUUGACGAUACUGCAGAUACUGAGUGAUGGUUUCUAUAAGAUGUCUACAGAAUGCCCUAAAUUGUGGAAAGACAAGCAAAUUAAUACGUAUGAAGAAAAUGCAUUUGGUGAAUGGUUUACGGAGCAAGGAUACGAAGUAAAUUCGCAGGAGGGUAAGCAGCAUGGUGAGCUGCAAGACAAGAGCGGCAUGACAGGAAGUAACAUUUAUGAUGAGCUUCUCACCAAACAAUUGAAAACAUUACCAGGCAUUGAUUUUAAAACGUGGAAAACAGAGAUGUUUAUGAAAAGGAAAUCUAGUAACCAGAAGAUUAAUGAGAUCAACGUCGUCGACAUUCUUCAAUUCCUCUACGGACAGAUAGAAAAGUUCUACCUUGCCAGUCACUUAAGACAUAUCGAAAGACCGAAAGCACCGUGUAAUAUAUACCGGAUGCUGUGCUGGCUUAGAGGCUUGUGGUACAGUCCCAUGCGUCGCCCUGUUUACAUACAGAUGAAAAGUCUGUUUGCUAAGCCGACUAAAGAGGACAAGCGAGAUUACGGCGAUAUCAAGUAUCAUGAAUUAAUACAAGAGGCAUCACAAAAGUUCACCGCAGAGACUGUGGCCUACAGUCUCAAUGACGUCUGCACCCAGGCCGGCACAGUACUGACUACCAUCCUCGGUCACGGCCACCAGGACGGGCGGUAUGCCUGUGAAUUGCUUACCAACCCGGACGAUCUAGACUAUCCAAGUAAUGCUGGUGCGUGCUUUGACAUGUUAGUUGACAUGUUGCUCAGAGUGCAACACCAGUUGUAUUUCUUGUUCACUCAGUGCUCACGCACCAAUGAGUCCACUAGUUGGCGCAAGUGCUGGUACGGUAAGGACAUCGGUGGGUCCGACUGGAGGUGCAACAGUAUCCAAUGUGCCAACCAAAUAUGUAACCAAAACGGUGACCAAAGAGCCAACCAAAAGGACGGCCAAACAUGUGAAAAGCAUCCUGACUGCGGUCUGAAAUCACCCCUCCAGUCAUUUUUAGAAGACGGUCUGCAGGGCUUCCUUCCACAUCAGUUUAAGAAGCCGGGAUGCAAAUUAGAAUGCACUGCGUCAAACCACAGAGGCAUUCCGUGCAAAACGCCGAUGGGCUUCACCGACCUCAGCGUAACAGCUUCAGACAGAGGCACGGGUGAGCGUCUUAUGAAAGUGUUGAGUAAACUGUGCGGUGACUCAAACAGCCCCCUUAACAAAGUUUGCAGUUACCUGCAGUGUCUUCUCCAACGUCCUCCGGAGACGCUUGCUGACAUGUUCAGCUUCUACUAUCAUCUUACCGAUCGCUGGGGUAUGCAUGGUCAAACGCAUAAACAGCAGGCAUUUGAAAAGAAAGUUAACGCUGCCAAUUUCGGACGCAGUUAUGGUGAGUUAAAAGUCUACCACUUAUUUACCCCUAGUCACUCAGCAUUGAAGAAGGGCCACUCCGAUGGCAGCCUGGGCAGUCUCGUAUGCUUAUCAAGGGACUCCGUCGUAUGCGGUCCUUAUCUGCGUCCCAUCAGUCACGCCAUCUACGAGACGUUCUCAGCAAAACACGCCGAUAAAUAUUUAUCGUGGAUCGUUUACCUGACGGCGACGUUCUACGAUCUGCUGAAAAAAUUGUACGAUGAGUGCAAUUCCAAAUGCGGUGCCAGGGGAUCGAAUUGCCACGUAAAAGCGUGCGUCAAGGGGUGUCCAACUACAACCAUAGAGCAAGAUCCGCCGCGAUAUCACGAUCGCAACUGCAAAUCCAUUGUAAGCUGCAAUUCAACGCUGCCGACAUUGGCGAAGUACGGCUUUGUUUUCGGCGAUCCAGAGAGGCUGAACAGGGAUGGACAAUCGCAUACGAAACGCACGUGCAGAGAUUUCUGUGAUGUAUUUAAGGAGGCAUUUGAAGAAGACUCACAUCUUGUGAAGUUUUUCAAAACCAUUGAUAAUUUCAUGUUCACCAUCCGCGCACCCUUCAUCUGGCUCAAUGUCGCACUCUGGUCACUAUCUCUCUUUUACCUCAUCUGCGUAAUGGUUGGCAGACUGGAUGUGCUCCACAUCAGGUCACACCUGAGGAUACCGUCGUCGCACAAGAUAACGGCGCAAUCAUUGUUGGCGGCAGCGCAAGUCGGAAGGCUUGCCAAGAUAUCGUAUCUACAACCGUAA